AUGGAUGAACGGAGAAUGGUUGAACUAAGAAUGGAUGAACGGAGAAUGGGUGAACUGAGAAUGGAUGAACGGAGAAUUGGUGAACUGAGAAUGGAUGAACGCAGAAUGGGUGAACUGAGAAUGGGUGAACGGAGAAUGGGUGAACGGAGAAUGGGUGAACGGAGAUUGGAUGAACUGAGAAUGGGUGAACGGAGAAUGGAUGAACUGAAAAUGGGUGAACUGAGAAUGGAUGAACGGAGAAUGGGUGAACGGAAAAUGGGUAAACUAAGAAUGGAUGAACGGAGAAUGGGUGAACGGAGAAUGGAUGAACUGAUAAUGGAUGAACGGGAAUGGGUGAACGGAGAAUGGAUGAACGAAGAAUGGGUGAACUGA